AUGGAUUUCUCUGUUUUGCCAAACAACAAUCAUCCCGAUAAAUUCCUGCAACUGGAGGUGAAGUCUUUGGCAAAAAACUCUGCCUUUCUACAAGCCAGCCUGGCAAAAUUCCCAGAAGCAGCUUUACCUGGAGUGCAGCAGUGGCACAACAGGGUCUAUUUACAGAAAGAAAAAAGAAAUGUCACUAAGUUGCCGGGCUUAGACUCAAACAGGGUCAGUAAAGAAAUGAUAGACAAAGCCCUCGGGAAACACAUUACCCCCAUCACCCUGAAAUCCACUAUCAAAAGCAACCCUUUGUAUAGCGAUAUCCAGGUGGAUGAUGAAUUGGAGGAGAAGAAAAAGACCCCUUCCUGGACUGUGCAAGACUAUGACAGACACUCACUGCACUCUAACUUGGCCAGCCAAAUAAAGGAAAAUCCUAACGAUCUACAAUUCUGGAUGGGGGAUAUUUAUACUCCUGGAUAUGAUACCUUGUUAAAAAAGAAAGAGAGAGAAAAAAAGCAUUCGAAAUGUUGCCGAAUCAUCCUGCUCAUGAUACUAGCUGUUUGCAUCCUAAUUGCCACAAUCACACUCAGCAUUUUACUUACUUAGUACAGCCAAAUAACGUUGAUGGGAAUGUUUUCAAUAAAUAUUUUUUAUUAAGGUAUUCUCCCCCCUUGUUAUAUUUGAAUUCUUUCUUCUUUUCUUUUUUUUUUUUUUUUUUAAUCACAAUUGCUAUUUGUUUGAGAUCACUAGUUUACAAUGUUCCUAUGCAGCAUAAGGAAUUGAUCCUGGAAAGAGACAAAUACUCUGAGCACAGCAGCAUGGCUUCUCAUGGGUAUAAUUAAAAAAGAAAACUAUCAAUAUGCUACUUUCCUUACUGCAUUCUUUGGACUAGUGAUCUGCAUCAGCAUGUAUGGUAUGGUAUUUA